AUGAUAACAAACUUAUUUUCCUCUUUUGACCCUAUAUCUUCAACUUUUAAUUUACAACUAAAUUGAUUGUCUAUAUUCUUAUUUAUUAUUGUAUUUUAUCCUUUAUACUGAAUUUCGAAUUCUAAAUCAUCAGUUCUUUAUAGUGAGCUCACAUCUUAUAUCACAAAGGAAUUUAUGCCUUUAUUUAAAAGUUACAAAAAUAUUAUUAUAUUUAAUGUUUUAUUUAUAUUUAUUCUAAUUAAUAAUGUUUUUGGGUUAAUACCUUACACUUUUACUAGAACUGCCCAUAUUGCAAUAACUUUAUCAAUGGCUUUGACUAUCUGGGUAAUUUUUAUAUUAUACGGAUGAGUUAACAACACAAAUCAUAUAUUUGCUCACUUAGUUCCUUUAGGAACUCCUAUUGUUUUAAUACCAUUUAUGGUAUUAAUUGAAUCUAUUAGAAAUAUUAUUCGUCCUAUUACCUUAUCGGUACGUUUAGCUGCUAAUCUAACUGCUGGUCACUUGCUUUUAAUUUUGCUUGGAGAGAGUAUGGUUAAUAAUAGAAUUCUAAUUAUUAUUACCGUGACUGCGGCUCAAUUCGCUUUAAUAACUCUUGAAGCAGCUGUAGCUGUAAUUCAAGCUUAUGUUUUUGCUACUUUAUCCACUUUAUACGCUAGAGAAGUAUAA